UGAACUCCUAAUAACCCCACUUCCGAACCCAAACCACAGUAGCCAUUAGCGUUGCGUGUUGUGUGUGAGCAUUCCCCGUUCACCAUUCAGCAUUCAACAAUGCUGCCUCACAAACGCACUCUGCUGCUUCUAGCGGCUACACUCGCGCUCACGCUUUUAGCCGAAGCAGAUCUGGCUUCCGAGCGAGCCGCAUUGUUGGCUCUGCGCUCAGCCGUGAGGGGUCGAACACUCUUCUGGAACGCCACCAAUCAGAGCCCCUGCAACUGGGCGGGGGUCCAGUGCGAGCACGACCACGUCGUCGAGCUGCACCUCCCCGGCGUCGCGCUUUCCGGGCAAAUCCCCGCCGGAAUAUUCGGAAACCUGACUCAGCUUCGAACCUUGAGCCUCCGUUUCAACGCCCUCACGGGUCCCCUUCCUUCAGAUCUGGCCUCCUGCGUCAACCUCCGCAACCUUUACUUGCAGCGCAACUUGUUCAGCGGCCAAAUCCCAACCUUCCUUUUCGACUUACCCGACUUGGUUCGUCUCAACAUGGGCUUCAACAACUUCUCCGGCCCAUUUCCGACGGCCUUCAACAACCUUACACGGUUGAAAACCCUCAUCCUCCAAAACAACCAAAUCUCGGGCUCAAUCCCCGACUUGAACAAACUCAGCCUCGACCAGUUCAGCGUCUCCAACAACCUCCUCAACGGCUCAGUGCCUCUCAAGCUUCGCACAUUUCCUAAAGAUUCCUUUCUCGGUAACUCCCUCUGUGGCUCACCACUCUCUCCCUGUGCCGGAGAUGGAACUUCUCCUACUUCUCCCUUGGCCGUUGACAAUAACGAAAACGGCCAGAAGAAGAAGAAGAAGCUGUCUGGUGGUGCCAUUGCUGGAAUCGUUAUUGGAUCCGUCGUGUGUCUUCUGUUGGUUGCGUUCGUUUUGAUCCUUGCGUGCAGGAACAAGAGUGAUAAAAAAACCAGCGCGGUUGAUGUUGCUGCUCUGAAGCAUCCUGAAUCCCAAGUUCUUGCGGAGAAGAGUGUUUCCGACGUCGAGAAUGGGGGUCACGGGAAUGGACACUCUGUGGCUGCUGCGGCGGCUGCGGCGAUUGUGAGCAGCGUCGGCGGGGGUGGGAACAAGGCGGAGGCCAACGGCGGGGGAGCGAAGAAGUUGGUGUUUUUUGGGAAUUCGGCGAGGGCGUUUGAUCUGGAGGAUUUGCUUAGGGCUUCGGCGGAGGUUUUGGGGAAAGGGACAUUCGGGACGGCGUAUAAGGCGGUUUUGGAGGCGGGGCCGGUGGUGGCUGUGAAGAGAUUGAAGGAUGUGACGAUUUCCGAGAAGGAGUUCAAGGAGAAGAUUGAAACGGUGGGAGCAAUGGAUCAUGAGAAUUUGGUCCCUCUCAGGGCUUACUAUUUCAGCAGGGAUGAGAAGCUCCUUGUCUAUGAUUACAUGCCCGUCGGAAGCUUGUCUGCACUUUUGCAUGGUAACAAAGGAGCGGGUAGGACGCCACUGAAUUGGGAAGUCAGGUCAGGCAUCGCACUUGGAGCUGCCCGUGGCAUUGAGUACCUACAUUUGCAAGGGCCUAAUGUUUCUCAUGGAAAUAUAAAGUCAUCGAACAUCCUCUUAACCAAAUCCUACGAUGCCAGAGUAUCUGAUUUUGGCCUUGCACACCUUGUUGGUCCCUCCUCUACACCCAACCGUGUUGCUGGUUACCGUGCGCCUGAGGUAACUGAUCCUCGCAAAGUAUCUCAAAAGGCAGAUGUCUACAGCUUUGGCGUAUUGCUCUUGGAACUUCUGACUGGGAAGGCACCUACUCAUGCUCUCCUAAAUGAGGAAGGAGUAGACCUGCCCAGAUGGGUUCAAUCCGUGGUCAGAGAAGAGUGGACUUCUGAGGUCUUUGAUCUUGAGCUCCUUAGGUACCAGAAUGUUGAAGAGGAGAUGGUUCAGUUGUUGCAACUUGCAGUGGAUUGUGCAGCACAAUACCCGGACAAGCGCCCUUCAAUGUCUGAAGUGGCACGGACAAUAGAAGAGUUGUGCCGGUCCAGCUUGAAAGAGGACCAAGACCAAAUCCAACAUGACCCGAUCAAUGACUUAGAAUUAUAGAAGAUGUAUCUUCUCAAUGAGUUUGCUCUGCAUUUGCCACCGUCUUACACGGUGGACUUUGCUUUAUCACAGUCAGAGCCCAUAUUUUACUUGCUAAAUCCUGUGCGUAUGUUGUAUUGUGUAGCUUGGGCCUCAAAUUUCGUUGGCACCAAACUUUGAAUUUCUUCAGUUCUUUUCUCCUCAAAUCCCCAUUGUGCCAUGUUCCCUUUUUCUUCCCAAUUAAAAUACCUUGGGGGGAGUGGAUAUCUGUUC